UACAGACAUAGUGCUUAAAACAAGUCGAGUUGGAUUCCUUAAUAUUUUCUAAAGAAUGUCGCGUCGUCAGCAGGAAAUACAGCGCAUUGAGCGAGAGGUGCGUGCCAAGUUACCUUAUCGCACCUUCCGCGAGAUCACCUUCGAUAGGGAGCAGAUAAGGGCCAGCAUUGUGCCGCUGAGUCUUAUUGAGGCACGCAGGAGUCGGGGUCCCAUCUACGAUGCUCUGCAGGCCGAGCUGCGUCACGAUGGCUGCAAGGUGAUGCCGGAAUUUGUGCGUUGUCUGGCCGAGAAGGAGCAGACCCUGUUUGAGUCGAUCAGCAUUCGGGCCCGCAUCAUUGACGAUCGUCCGCUGCUCUACGAGAUGAUCGAGAAGCUGAAGCAGGCCGAGCUGGCAGUGAUCAAGCGCAAGGUGGCCGGACUCAAGGAGUGCUUCACUCUCUUCUAUGAGACGCUGCUGCUCCUCGAGCCCUAUCGCCUCAAGUAUGAGUAUGUGCUCAAUGCGGUCAUGGAGCAUGUUGUCUCGCUGUGCCACAACGUCGAGGGAGAGGAGCGAGAUGCCGCCGAGAUGAUUGCUCGCAUCUAUCACAGGUAUGCAUUAUUUCUGGAGCGCACUGGGCAGCGAGCGAAUGCGAUUACCUAUCUGAAGGCCACUCUGGAGCUGGUCCGUGGACAUAUGUGGCUGUCGGAGCCGGAGAUGGGCUCGGCCAGCCCCAUUAUGCAUGUGCUGGUUGCCCAGCAACUGGCACGCCAAAUGCUCCUCUUUGGCCGACAAACGGUGCGGCAACAGCCCGAGGAGGCGGUUGACAUCGCCAGGAAGGCAACGGUUUUAAUUGCCGAGAUUGGUCGUGAAAGAAACUUGGACAUCUUCUGCGACACGUUCCUGGAAAGGGCCUUCUUCCUUAUGGAAGGCAAUAAAUAUCAUGCCGCCCAGCAAUGUCUUGAGCUGCUUAGGCCACAAAUAACCGCAUGCACCGAGUACAAGUUUGUCAAGCUGAACAUCAAGUUCUAUUUGUAUCUGGGCCAAUGCGCUGAGAACCUUGACAACCUCGCCAAGGCCAUCUCGAGCUUUAAGCGAGCCCUGCGUAUUUCCCGACUGUAUCACCUGAAGAAUCAGGAGGCCGAAAUUCUGCUCAACUUGGGCAAGCUGUUUGCCAGAGACACCCAGACGACGGGCAUUGCCAAGAAGUGCUACAUUCAGGCCAAGAGCAUUUACAUCGACUACAACGAUAAUCACAGCAAGAAAACCGCUGUCUUCCUGAUGGGCAAGCUGUUGGCCGAUGAAAUUACUCCACUUUAUAUGGCCAUGCUGAAGGCAUCGAGCUCUCAGUACUGCGCCUUCUAUAAUCUACGCCAGUGGAAGAAUCGCUGUCGUCCAUUCUGGCUAAAGCUGGGCGAUGAGAUCAUCAAGCAGGAGUCGAACAACAUUUACUGCCUACUUCAGGAGGAGCAAGAUGAUCCCAAGAAUGAGCCCCUCAUCAUCGACUUGGACGACGACACAUUCAAAGUUGAGGAGGGCGAUAUAUAAAACACGAUUUGUGUCGAACUUCUGUUGAUUUACUGACUAAAAAUUGUAUUUGAUGUAGAAAAGACUUUGAAAGAAAUAAA